GCACUGUUUAACCGAUUAGGAGCACGGCGUUAGUGAUACAGACGAUAUUGAAAAAGUCGGGGCUGGUCCUCGACUAAGCGCAAAUGUGGAAAAUACUAAGGAUUUUAUCAUAAAAGAACAACAUCGUGAAAGAUAAUGGAAAGAUUUUGUGUUUGUGUGAUUCUGGUUGCCGCGGUGCUGGUUGCUGUAGAGGCUUAUAGUACCGGAGUACCCAGGAAAGGAUGUAACUUAAAGAAACCAUACCAUAUAAGGAGAAAUUUUACAGAUUGGAAUUGGGAAUAUGCUCCUCAGUUUUCGACACCACCGUUUCGUAUAUUAACAAACACGACAGUUAUAAAACCCGGAGACACAGUUGAAGUGACAAUAUCUCCAAAGACGAGAAAAGAUGCCUUCAAAGGUUUCUUCCUCCAGGUGGUUCCGGAGAAAAGCUUGUUCGACUUUCCGCGCGGGACGUGGACAGCAGACGGCAUGGCCCGCCCCUUCCGGUGUCAGAUGGUCGAUGGCGAUAGCAUCAGUCACGCCAACAGCCGAUGGAAGGGUAACAUAACCAUGAUAUGGCACGCGCCAAAAGACUUCAAGGACCUGGAGGAUAAUCUGGUAAUCAGGGGAUCCAUCGUACGCACUUAUGACGAAUACUGGGAAAGUGUCCAGUCCAAACCUUUGAUGAUCGAUCAAAUCAAAGAGUCAAAGGCAAAAAGUGAUCUACUUGCCCAGCUGGCAAAGGAGUUCGGGACCGACAAGGCUGACCAGCUACUAGCUAUCUUAGAGGUCAAGGUCUUGGAGGAUGACUUAGCGGGAAUAACCUCCUCUACAUCAAAGGAUAGUACUGCAGCAACCGGAGCGACAGGUAGUGCGACCGGCGCGACAGGUGGCGCCACUACUACAACUCCCGCCCCUACCACACCACCACCUCCAUCAAGCAAUGUUAACAGUAAGAUAGAAGACGUUGCUGACGGGGAUGAAGGGUUGCUAUCAAAGGUCACUGGCCUUGUCAAAAACCCUAGUAUUCUAAACACUGUUAAAGGUCUAAUGGGCGGUGGUAGUAGUAGUGGCAGUGGAGGAGGGUUAGGCGGACUGGCCAGUCUCGCGGGGAGCAUGCUCGGAGGUGGCGGCGGCGGCGGACUUCUAUCGAGCAUGCUUGGUGGAGGUGGCGGCGGUGGCCUGGGCGGACUUUCCUCUUUAAUUCCAAUGCUCGGAGCCGGAAAGAUGCUGUCCGGUAUGUUCGGAGGGAAAGGUGGAGGAGGUGGCGGAGGAUUACUUUCCUCUAUCCUUGGGGGUGGCAGUAGAAGAAAUGACGAUGAUCAAUUUGGUGGAGGAAUGCCAGCAGGUAUGUUUGGCGGGCAGCAAGGAAUGAUGGGAGGAGGUUCCCAGGGUAUGUUUGGCGGUGGACAAGGAAUGGGAGGCGGAUCCUCGUCUAGUGGUAACCCAUUGGCAAGUAUACUUGGCAACCCUGGCGCUAUGGCUGGUAUAUCGUCCAUGUUACAAAACAUGGGAGGAUCGCCGCCGGGAGGGGGCGCUGGAGGGGCAGGAGGCGGUGGAAGCCUGAUGAACAUGCUUGGAAUAUCAGACCCAUCAGGUGGAGGGGAUUCAGGUCGACCCAGACCAGAACUGCUGGAAAAUGCCCAAGGCACUAGAGCUCAACCAGGGCCUAACUCCGGCCUAGGCAAUGCACUCUCUCAGGUCAUGGGUAUGCUGGGAGGAUCGGGAGGAUCGGGUGGAUCUGGAAGUCGGGCCAAUAGCGGCUCCUCCCAAUGGCAAAAUCAGGGUCAGAACCAGCAAUAUCCCCAGGGAGGAUAUUAUCCCCAGCAACAACAGUAUCCACAACAACCUUAUUACAACCAGUAUCCACAACAACAAUACCAACAGGAUCCUUAUUAUCCCCAAUACAACCAGCAAGGUGGAGGUUCGUGGGAUAGUCAAGGAAACCAAGGAUUUGGCGGCAAUCAAUGGGGCAACCAGGGAAGCCAGUGGUCUAAUGGAAAUCAAGGAUCCAAUGGAAAUCAGUGGGGCAACCAGGGAAACCAGGGAUUUAACAAUCAAUGGAGUGACCAAGGAAACCAAGGGUCCAAUGGAAAUCAAUGGAAUAGCCAAGGAUCUAACGGAAAUCAAUGGGGUAGCCAAGGAUCCAACUCAAAUCAAUGGGGAAACCAGGGAAAUCAAGGACCCAGCAGAAAUCCAUGGGGCAAUCAGGGGAACCAGGACAUGCAGCAAGGCUCUGGCGGUAAUCAGUGGGGUUCACAAGGACCACCCUCAGGCAAUCAGGAUAAUAACGGCGGACCACCAAGCGGAUUUGGUGUUCAAUUUAACAAUCAAGAUCAGUCAAACCCUAACGGUUUCCAGCAACCAAAUGGUAACAACAUGCCUAAUUCAAACUCAAAUGGGGGUGGCUUUGGUCUAGGUGGAAACUCUGGUCCUUCAGGUAUUGCACCUAUGCCACCAACAAACAACAACCAGGGCCCUCCACCACCACCAACUGGAGGUGGGAGUGGUUUCCCCUCAGGAGGUGCACUAGAUAACCUUCUCAAUGGCGGUGGAUCUAAUGGCGGUGGAUUAGAUCUAAAUGGACUGUUGGGAGGAGGUGUCGGUGGACUUAGUGACCUUCUGGGAGGAGGAGGGUCCUCUGGUGGUGGCGGAGGAGGGUCCUCUGGUGGUGGCGGAGGAGGAUUGCCAGAUAUUUCAAGUGUGAUGGGUGCAGAUGGUAAAAUUGAUGUAGGAAGUGUUAAAAAUCUUAUGAGUGACCCUGGAGUCAUGAACCAAGUCAGCGGAAUGUUAGGGUCACUUGGGGCAGGAGGUGCAGAUGGAAUAGGGGAUAUGCUCGGAGGACUCAUGGGAGAGGAUGGAGGAGGCCUACAGGACAUGUUGGGAGGACUCAUGGGAGAGGAUGGAGGAGGGCUGCAGGAUAUGUUGGGAGGUUUGAUGGGAGGGGGAGGAGGAGGAGGGGGCGGUGGCAUGGAUUUAGGUAAUAUCAUGGGAAUGUUAGGAUAAAGAGGGUUGAAUAUAGCAUGAAAACCAUGUCAUUUAGAAAUCAAAAGUCUGACUGUCAAUUGGAAAGAAGAAACUGUAAGACCACAUGGUUAUAGGUUUAAGCUUGACAAAACUGAAAGGAAGUCAAUCUUAUACUGAUUUUUUAAAUUAAAAAGUUAAAGAAAACAGUAGAAAGUACGUUACAAACUAUUAAUAGAAAAGAGAUGAUUUUGUAAAUAUCAAUUAUCGUUGGCGAUAUAUAUAAAUAGGGAAGGAAAAUUAAUGUAGGUAUUGUUACAAACGAGUCAUUUACCGAUUGUGUAACUCUAAAACUUGCUACACUCAAGAGGUUAUAUUUUCAUUAUUUUCAGGGAUCACAUAAAAUCGAAAAUACAGACAUAUUGAAAGUAAACAUUAAAGAAGAAAUUCUAAAAUGAUACACAAAAACUGGAAAUAUAAUCCAAUAAUUUGAA